GUCGUGAGUAGCGAGAUAUGGUAAAGAAGAUGUAAUGGUAAAUAGCAAACAUCACAAAACUGCUGCGGACAAGCUGGAGGAAAAGGGAAAAGAAGAAAAGAAAUCGGACCUAUGAAAUGAAGAGCGCACGGGAGAGAUCUCGACACUUGGUUGCCACUGGUUACUCGCAGUAAUGUAAUGAUUUAAGCAUUGGAAGACAACUGUGGCAGCUUUUCGGAUACAGCCAUUCUUGACUAUGUAUGAAUGUUAUCAUGAGAGGCAGCUUUUAUGAACUGCCAUGUUUAAAGUUAAAUCCGUAUUAGCCUAUAGCCUACCUAUUGUUAACUGUGCCCGGUGGAUUCCUUUUUUUUAACAAAUGGAAUUGCAAGCUCGGUCGUGGUUCCCGUUGAACGAGCCCUGGUAGCCUAACAUUUGGAGACUUUAUGGCUUCGGUUGGAGACGAAGUGAUUAGUGGAGAGUUCUGACUGACAGGCGAAGCCGGUAGCAGCAAUACUAGCGCCAUCCGUCUGUAUAGGCUACUUCGACAAUACGUGACUGAUAAAAGCAAUAAACUCCGCCAUAAAUGAGUGAACAAUUCAGCCAUGAGUGAUGCGGCAAGUAACUUCAGGGGAGGCAUCGCGGGCGACUGUCUCCCGGCAUCUGCCGCUCGGAUAUUUUUUAAUUCAUUUUUUAAAAUGCUGAAUAUCAGCAUAGCCUACUAACUAUAGGUACUUACUGAAUUUCAGUUAUUUUUGGAUUGGGGUUUGACAUUAGCAGUAGGCUAAUUCUAGAACUAAAAUCUUUUAGAAGAGAUCGCUAUUUACACGUGCACUGUGAUGUGUCCCUUAUGUUUAAAAUUAUUAUUUGCGGCGUGCACUUGAAACGGUCUCGCGCAACAUUAUUGUGAAAUGGGACCAUGAUGAAAAUAGACAUAUAUUUGUUUUUAUUAAAACAGUUUACAGCCAAAGCACAACUCUUAAAUCCUACUAAUUUAGGCUACUUUAUGCAAGGAUAUUUCCUUGUUUGAAGUAUUUUUUAGAUUAUUUUCACUGAUGGAGACACCACCUUGCUCCAAGAAGAGCUUGUCUCUUUCGCUGCCCGUUCCUCGAGAAGGACAUGCGACCCUCAGGCCCCCGCAGCACCUCUGGAGGCAACCGCGGACCCCCAUCAGAAUUAAACACCGCGGAUAUUCGGACACUGACCGGCAUCACCAUCGGCAGAUCGAGCGCUCCAAUGCCGUGGACACAAGCGACCGCCCGGGACUUAAAAAGUCUCGCAUGUCUUGGCCCGCUUCAUUUCAAGGAACUAGCAGCACCUGUGCUGGAAAUAAACGGUUUGAUGUAGAGAAUGGCUCUUCUCCGGAUCUGCAGCCCAGUCCGGGGCGGACGCUCCACCCCUCCUUCCCCCAGAGCCAGCGCCGCGAGUCCUUCCUCUACCGGUCCGACUCGGACUACGACAUGUCCCCCAUGACCGCGUCUCGCAACUCGUCCAUCAGCAGUGAUGCACACCCUGAGGAUUUCAUUGUGACCCCCUUUGCUCAGGUGUUGGCCAGUCUACGAACUGUAAGAAGUAACUUCACCAUCCUCGUCAAUAUCACCACCCCCCAUGACAAGAGGUCACCACUGGGAGGUCAACCAACAGUUCCCAAAGCAACACUUUCAGAGGCCACAUAUGAGCAGCUGGCUCGAGAGACCCUGGAGGAGCUGGACUGGUGCCUGGAGCAGCUGGAGACCAUUCAGCCACAUCGCUCUGUUAGUGACAUGGCCUCCACCAAGUUUAAGAGGAUGUUAAAUCGAGAGCUCUCUCAGCUCUCUGAGAUGAGUCGCUCUGGGAACCAGGUGUCAGAGUACAUCUCCAGUACCUUCCUCGAUCAGCAGAAUGAGGUGGAGAUCCCCUCCCCCACGCAAAGAGAGAGAGAGAAGCCCAUGAGUCACAUCAGCGGCGUGAGGAAGCUCACCCACAGCUCCAGCCUCAGCAGCUCCAGCCUCCCCCGCUACGGAGUGCACACUGACCAGGAGGAGGCUCUGGGCAGAGAACUGGAUGACUUGAAUAAAUGGGGCCUUAAUAUCUUCCGUAUCGCAGAGUUCUCAAACAACAGACCACUCAGCUGCAUCAUGUUCUCCAUAUUCCAGGAGAGGGAUUUGUUGAAGACCUUCCGGAUUCCGGUGGAUGCUUUCAUGACAUAUGUCAUGACCCUGGAGGACCAUUACCAUAACAAUGUGGCAUACCACAACAGUCUACAUGCUGCUGAUGUCACACAAUCCAUACAUGUGCUCCUGUCCACCCCAGCCCUGAAUGAUGUCUUCUCUGAGCUGGAGAUUCUGGCUGCUCUGUUUGCUGCAGCUGUUCAUGAUGUGGAUCACCCAGGAGUUUCCAACCAGUUCCUCAUUAACACCAACUCCGAGCUGGCUCUGAUGUACAAUGAUGAGUCAGUUCUGGAGAACCAUCACCUGGCCGUGGGGUUCAAGCUCCUGCACCAGGAGAACUGUGACAUCUUCCUCAACCUCAGCAAGAGACAGAGACAGAGCCUGCGCAGGAUGGUCAUCGACAUGGUGUUGGCCACCGACAUGUCCAAACACAUGAGUCUGCUAGCUGAUCUUAAGACGAUGGUAGAGACAAAGAAAGUCACCAGUUCAGGAGUGCUGCUGCUUGACCACUACACUGACCGCAUACAGGUCCUGAGGAACAUGGUGCACUGUGCGGACCUCAGUAACCCCACCAAGCCGCUGGGGGUGUACAGGCAGUGGACUGAGCGCAUCAUGCAGGAGUUCUUCCGCCAGGGCGACCGAGAGAGAGAGAGAGGCAUGGAGAUCAGCCCCAUGUGUGACAAACUCACUGCGUCCGUGGAGAAGAGCCAGGUGGGCUUCAUUGACUACAUUGUGCACCCGCUGUGGGAGACGUGGGGAGACCUGGUGCAGCCCGAUGCUCACCACAUCCUGGAGACGCUGGAGGAGAACCGGGACUGGUACCAGAGCGCCGCCCCUCAGAGCCCCUCCCCCAGCCCCUCCCCCCUGCACAGCUUCCAUUUUCAGCUCACCCUGGAGGAUGAGGACGAGGGGCUGGAGGGGAGGGGCCACGGCCGCACGCAACAGCCCGCCGGCAGGGAAAACAGACACUCAAGCCCCGAGGAAGAGGAGGAGUCUUCCUCACCCGCUGAGUACACGUGAGGAAGGGCCCCGCUCCAGCCAGACGUCAUCCCUGUAGGGGAGUGUGUGCAUGCGUGUCUGCCUGUGGACCCCACUGGGGCUGAAGGGCAGUUGGGUUGGGUGGGGCGGGGGGCAGGGGGUAGGUUACUAUUCAAAGAACACUUACACUCCCCCACCCCUCCAAAACACACUCACUGACAAAUAAAAAGUCAUUUAUAGAUAUUCAGCUUUAUUCUUUUUUUCAAAGGGAACAAAAAUAAAAGCGAUAGAUACACACAGAAACUGUAGAAAUAAUAUUGAUAGCAGAAUUGUUAUUCACACAGAAACUGUAGACUUGGACUGGGCUCUUGAGCCCCUCCUGCUGGUGGUUUGUGAAACUGCAGAUAAAGUUGUCUCGAGAAAACAGAUUUUUCCUCAAAAAAGUAGUAGACUUUAACAUACAGUACAUGCAUAUCACACACACUACACACACUUACAUGAAUGCAAAAAUAAGGUGUGAAUGCAUGUGCACACAAACAGCCCUAGUGCAAUCAGGCAUUGGCAAGUCAGACAGGUGCUGCCUUGAACAAUAAUGGGUUACUAUUCUCAACUAGUUUUGCCCAAACACUCCCAUAAACAUAUAGGCCAUACACACACAACUGUGUCUGUGUGUGUGUGUCUUUAUUCAUUUGUCUGGUCUAGUGUGAGCACAUUAAUGUUUGUUUGGAGGAUUUGGAUGGGACCGACUGGGAUAAAGCCAUCUCUAUCUGAGUUUAUAUAAAUUAAUAUUAAUAAUUAAUGUUGAUCUGCAUUUUACCAGGAUCUGGGUUCCUAUAUGCCGCUUUUUCCUGUAGUGGAGAAGAGGAUGGCUUGAUAGGAGGGCCUGCUGGCCCCGCCUCUUUCCCUUUAUGGAGUAUGACCAGUGAAAGGUGGCCCCGCCCUUUCCCCUUUCUGGAGUAUGACCAGUGAAAGGUGGCCCCGCCCUUUUCCCUUUACGGAGUGUGGCCGGUGAGAGGUGGCCGCGUGCCUUUCCGGACUACCAGCUCCUGCCUGGGGCUACAGCGAAGCAAUGCAUUGUGGGAUAGGGGUGCCUGUCACUUCUUAAGCUCCGCAUCAGCUGUUUACGAUGAGUCUCACGUGUUUGUUGACAUCUGUGUUGUGAUGAUACAUUAUUGCCGUGUGUGGCACGGUUCACGGGUGACUCUAUUGUCUCUGUCACACCCACACCGUCGCGCACCCGAACUCACGGAUUGGGACCUGCUGCCCGCCAGGAAAAACGGGGAGUGAAAGGGCACGUGUGGGAGAAGGCUGCUGAAGCACUUGGGAUUUUACGGUCUCUCUGAGUUCAAAGUGUUUUUAGCCUUAGUGUUGAGGCAGGGUUCCUCCCUGCCACGGUUUCAUAUGAAGCAAAUUUAGCCGUAUGUAUGUGUAUAGCACAUACAGUGCAGGUCAUAAGUAUUCAUAAGACAGUGGUACAAUUUCUGCUGGUUCUUUUGGCUCUGUACUCCAGCACAUUGGAUUUGAAAUGAAAAGAGGAAUAUGAGGUUAAAGUGCAGACUGUAUUUUAAUUUUAGGGUACUUACAUCCAUAUCGGGCGAUCCUUGUAGGAAUUACUUUCCUUUUUAUGCAUGCUCUCUCCAUUUUAGAGGCCCAAAUGUACUUGGACAGUUGGUGUCUCUUUGUUUAAGAAAGCUUUCAGUAUCUAAUCUUGAUUCUAGGCUUUUGAUUGCCUUGGAG